UGUCAAAAUGUCAACGAACUAUUGAACUUGGCGGUUCCGAACCGUUUCUGAAUAACUAAGAAUUUUAUUAGAAUACAUAAUAUAUAGGUAUAUUAUACAAUUAUAUGAAACAAUAAUAGAAAAAUGCCUCCUAAAAAGCGUGAUAAAGAAAGUGAAACAAACAGAAAUCCUAAAAUUGACCCAUUGCAGGCAGACCAUGAACUAUUUCUGCAAGCGUUCGAAAAACCUACACAGAUAUACAGAUUCCUAAGAACUCGAAAUAUGUUAUCUCCAAUAUUUCUCAAUAGAACACUUUCCUACAUGAAAAGAAGGAUGUCUCGAAGCAACAAGGGUCGUACAGGGUUCAAAGUUGAUUCAUUACUAGAGAAAAUAACACUAAAGAAAAGUACUGAAUUACAGCCAAAUAGCUUGGGUGGAUACAUGACUCUUACCUUCCUGGGUUUCUAUGACAAGAGCUUAGAUCAAUCUAUAGAUUAUCAAGUCAAAGUAGAGACUUUAUUAUUAAAGAUUUGCCACAAGAAAAGGAAAGAAAGUUCAUCAGCUAUUGUAGAAGUGUCUGUUGGUAGUUGCUCUGUUCCAUUAAAUCCAUCAUCAUCUGAGCCCCCAGCAAUGGCUUCGGCAGUGAGCAUUGCAAGUGAAACAUUUAGCCCAUCCCAUGGCCCAAAUGUUAAGUCCUAUAUGCUUAUGUUGAGAGUGACUGUUACAAAAUCACCGUGUGCUGGAAAUGCAACUUCAAGCACAGCAGAGAUUACAAAUAUUAAUAAUGAUGAACCUCUUAUUAAGCGAAUCAAGCCAUCAGAAACAAACUCAAGUUCUACAGAAAACAAAUGGACAAAGCUGUAUGGUAGUGAAUUAAUUGUGUAUGAUAAACACAAUCGGUGUCUCCUAACAAAUGGAGAGUAUGAUUUGGUUCUUCAUGAUGCAACACCUGGGGGAAGAAGUGCUACAAUUGCUAGGUCACCACAUAAAGCACUUAUGGCACAGUGGGAGACAAUACCUAGUGAAAAUGAUUUACAUGGAAACACAAACCCGUUUGACAUAUUCAAAGUUAGACCACUAUUGAAGCUGAAACUGAGUUGGAGUCAAGAACCUACGAAUGGUCUCGUGAAUAGACCGAAGUUAUAUCACGCCAAUGAUACUAAUGGAAUUAAGAAAGGCUUAAGUAUUACUAAGAAUAGAUUUUGUAUGCAGAAGGGAAAUGGCGAAAGUAAACACAAUAAAAAGUCUGAGAACGAAGGUGAAAUGAAACGACAACAAAUUAUAUAUCAGUUCUUGUACAACAACAACUCGCGGCAACAGACGGAGGGCUGCGACGAUCUCCACUGUCCCUGGUGCUCGCUGGACUGUGGCACACUGUACUCACUGCUCAAGCAUCUCAAGCUGUGUCAUUCCAGAUUCAACUUUACAUAUUUUCCCAUACCAGGUGGCGCGAGGAUCGACGUAUCUAUUAACGAGCUGUACGACGGGUCGUACACCGGAUCUCCUCAUGACCUCAUCGCAGCCCAGGGCAGGUCAUCAGCAAGCGGCCCCAGAGCCGGGCCCACCAGGCGGGCCUCACUGACUCAUUUACUGAUGUGGAGACCCCGAGCCAGGAGGCGGCAGCAGAAACAUAGCCUGGCAGAGUUCCUCGAGAUAGAGGAUAGUGAUGUAUUGGAGGCGCAGCGGCCUUAUAUCACAGGACACAAUAGACUUUAUCACCACACAAUUACAUGCCUACCAGUAUACCCGAAUGAGCUGGAUAUAGACUCUGAAAGUGAAACAGACCCUCUCUGGCUCCAACAGAAAACUAUGAUGAUGAUUGACGAGUUCACUGAUGUCAAUGAAGGUGAAAAAGAGCUGAUGAAAAUGUGGAACUUGCAUGUGAUGAAAUAUAACUAUGUAGGGGACUGUCAGAUACAACUCGCCUGUCAGAUGUUCCUACAAAUGAAAGGAAAGGAGUUGCUUGCAAAGAAUCUUUAUAGAAAUUUUAUCCUCCAUGUGAGUUCAUUGCAUGAUUUUGGACUGAUUAGUGCAGUGGAUUUAUACCAAACAAUGCAAAUGCUUAACCAAAUGCUAGCCGAUAGUACGGAAGCCAAAGAAAAGAUGAGAGAAUCAUUAAAAGCCCAAAGGGAGCAUUGGAAUGCGGUUGGGAAGUUUCAACAGCCGGUUAUUAUAGAAGCAAAACCGCAAGUUAAUAUCGCUAAGUUAAACGCUGAGGCGUCCCCUUCAGUACGAAGAAAGAUUUGCAGUUUACAAAAUGCAAAUCGUAUGGGGUCUAGCGGCUUUAACAAGUCAUCGAGCCCGGGCCCAAGCAAUGAGUCGAAACGGAAGAUGUCAUCUGGAAGCAUUCAGAGUAGGAAGCGCUCUUCUAUAUCAGAGAGGAAGAACUCUGUGUAGCGAAAACUAAGCCUAUAUCAAGGACUGGUCUCCCGAUGAGGCUUUUAGUGAAAAUGGUGUUCUAUUUCUGAACGAACCAAUGAGGCAGGUGAUCUAAAGAUUGUAAGUGUAAUUUAGUAAUGUAAAGUGGUUAGGCAUAUAAAGACCAAUUAGAUUCUGAUCCGUAUUUUGGCAAAUUGUAAGUGUCAGUAUUGUUGUGGGUUUCAUAUUUUGAUGCUAAGAUGUUACAAAAAUCCUCAGCAACCAUAAUAUGGCCUCAUAUUUAACGUUACAUGUUUUUUUAUAAGUAAAAAUUUGUAAAAUUUAUCACUGCCCAAAAUAUGCCUAUGUCAAUACUUUUGGGAUAACAUAAAAACUGCAAUUAUUUAUGGGUUACUUAAAUAUUAGAGAAGUGACGCCAUUGGUCAGAGCCAAUUUGGGGUAAGAGAAUGGCGACAAAUGCUAAUUUUCAACGAAUCCUCUCCACUUCUUUGUUUGUUGUCAUGAACUAUGACGUCAUCACAAAUGCUCCACAAGCGCGCUAAAAUGACAAACAUUUAAAGUGUCCGCAUCGAUUGGCUAUUUUUAACAAUGUUUUUUAAGUAAUUUGAGCUUCUAACUUCUAAAACUUUUUAUAAUUAUAUUGACUAUCAAAUAAAAAUAUAAAAUAAAAUUCCCUUAUCCCCAAUUCUCCACGUUCUAGGUGUUUCUUAAGUACCAAUAACGAGAGAGUUUCAGGGUUUUUAAGAAUAACUGUUCUAAAUAAGGUAAUGUGUUGAUGUCAAAUUAGGUUAUCGAAUUUACUCUGAUAAACACGGCUAUCAAAAAUUUAAAUAAUAUGCUUUCUAAAGUAUUAAAACGUGUGGAAUAUUCUAUUCUAUUCUUUCUAGUGGCUUCUGUGGAAGGGGCACCACAACUCGCCAAUGUCACGUUUCAGUAGACCAACAAGCUUAGAGUGUGCCACUUGAUCGGUGUAAAUGAAUUUAUAAGUGAUUAUAGUAAUGACCGGUGCUCAGAAUCAAAACAGAUUUAUUUUCUUAUUAUACCUGAAACAAAUAUACAUGCUGUUGAUUAACAGUGACAAUUACCAAUGACCCAUCUAACUAUGAGAGUUACCCACCAUUUUUAACCAGGCAUGGAAAUUAUUGUUUAAUUCAUUAUCACUUUAUGAAAUUGAAAUAAGUCUCAAUUAUUUCUCAUCUGAAAUUUCGUACUAAAACGUGGACUAUGUCGUGGUUUUUCAACGCAUCCAUUUCUAUCUGCAACUAAUGUAGGUUUUACAACGAAAGAAAAUUGAUUUAAAAGUACGAUUAUAUACCUAUUUAUAUUAUAGAAAAAAACUGAGCUAUUUUUAUAAGAUGAACUUAUACAAAGUAGGUAAGGUAGGUAGUUUAGGUAAAGAAGUCAACCCUAAUGUCGUUAGAAGAGGUAAGAGACACGCGAUAAAAAGAGGCAACUUCUAGGUGAAUAAAAAUGUAGGUUAGUCGCUACUAACCGUGCGAUCUGAAUUACACUUUAUUGUAUGACCGCAAGAGUCCCUAUUUCUUUAAUUGAUUUUGCGGAGUGAGACUUCUGUACUUACACUAUUAUAUAUUUUAUGGUAUUGCCUAGUCUAAUUGACCGCUACUAAGAUUUAUUUUAAAUCGAAUUCAUUUCAAAAGCGACACACGCCACACCAAGAUAUAUACGAAUAUGAACGUUUUCGUGAAUAUUCAAAGUAGAUUGAUAAAUAGUUAUUUGUGUAAAAGCUUUUCUUAAUGCUGAAACAAAAUUCUUUCGAAGAUAUACAUAGUCAACGUAAUCUAAAAUCUGUCGUCAUGACUAUUAUUAAGGAUGCAGAUGUCCAAAGCAAUUUGGAAACUCCCAAAUUGCAAAUGCCAAUGAGAAUAUUCGGAAACAUCCCUGGUAUCUUUAACGAAUAUAUUGAAUAGCCCGGUUGAAUGAAUUUUGCUAAUUUUCACUUAAUAACCAUUGAAUUGUGCACGCGUUUUAAUAUUUUAAAUAGCAUUUUGUUUAAAAAAACAGCGUAUUUCGUCCACACAUAACUUAUACAUUUGCACUGCCAACUUAUUAUAGAAUGUAUACAUUAUGUUAUAAAAAACCUGUACGAUAAUUACUUGUAAGUAAUAAUAUAAUUUGAAUGCAGUGACACCACUUAAACCAAAAUAAAAGAUCAAAACCUUUUAAUUAAUUAACAUUAAAUGCUAAAGUAAAAAGAACAUUUCAUAUUAAAUGGUUUCACAAAUCUUGAGAACCCCUGACUUGUUUAUUAUAGCUGUAAGCUAAGGCCAUCGCCCUGACCUUGGUGUAAUAGCGUAUAGCAAGUAUCAGGUGCGCGGUGCGGCGUGGGCGGCUCAAACGUAUAAGGCGGGUGAAGACUCGUCUGAAUACAAAACUUUUAAAUAUGCUGAUUGUUUGAAAAUCAAUAUUUAUUUGUUUUCACUACUUGAUACCAAGAUACGCCUCAAGAUAUAGUACAGCUUUUUUUAACAUCCUGUAUAUUUACAAUUAUAAUAAAAUAAUACUUAAAAUUGUUUAGUAUCGCCUGUACUCUAACUAUUAUCAGAAGUUUUUUUUUCGAAUACUGUUUUUUGUUUCAGUGUCCAUAUAAUGGAUGACAGUUAAGUUUUAAGUUAUGCAUAUUAUAAUAAUUAUUAAUGUCUAUCUUUUAUAAAGUAAUUCACUUAUUAAAAGACUCAAAACAAACAUUGAUUUGGUGCAGCCACACUGCUGUUUAAAAAUAUUUACAAACAUUUGAUCACAUUGUUAGUAAAUGUUUACAUGUUAGGUGCCUGAUGUUAAUAAACAUUUCUAUACAGAUCAAAUUUGUAACCAAAACUAAUGAAUGUUGCGAGACUCGAACCCGCGACUUUCGUUUACCAUCCGAGCGCUCUUACUAACUGAGCCAACCGUUCUUCGAGUGACGCAUGUUUCGUAAAUCUUGGUAUUUCGUGUUCAACUCUCAGGUUGUUAACCUUAAAAAUAACUAAUAAUUAAUAAUAAUAAAAAUUAAAUAAAAAAAUAACAAAUUGAUUUGUUAAAGUUAAAUUGAUUUUUAAGGUCUCUCUUUACAAAUUAAAUUUGUAACCAAUAGUACAAUGUGAGAGUUGAACAAGACGUACCAAGAUUUACGAUCCAUGCGUCACUCGAACGCUUGCCUCAGUUGGUUAGAAGGUUCGGACGGAACCCGAGAGGUCGCGGGUUCGAGUCCCGCAACGUUCAUAUAUUUUGGUUACAAAUUUAAUUUGUACAAUUAAUAAUUAAUCCCAGAAAUGACCGUAUGAUGUAGAAUUUAAUAAAUGUUAUAGUAUAUAUAUAAACAUUAUCUAUCAGUAGGGGCACUCAAAAUAUCUAACAAUUCCUAACAUUUGUUAGUAAGUACUAAUUAUUAGUGUUUGAAAAUGUUUGUAAACAUUUUUUAACUUCAGUAUAGCAGCACCAUUUUCAGUAGAAUAUGGCAACACUUUAUACGUUCAUAGAAAUAAAUUAAUUAAGUCUAGCUAGAGAGCCUGAUUAUUGAAUAUAAUACGAAAUAAAUCUAGCUAAGAUCAAUGUUAAAAUAUUAUAUUUGACAAGAAUAAAUUCAAUUUAAUAAAUUUCCAUAAAAACCAAAAAUUGUGCAUACAAUUUUUGGUUUUCUUGUGAUAUAAUAAUUCAAUAAUAUUUGAAUAUACAAUAAAAUUUAUAGUUCAUUUUAUAUUCAUAUUAACUGCAACUGUGUUCUAAAUACGACUCGAUCGUAACUGCCGAAAAAGACUUAUAAUUAUUAUUAUUAGCAUUAGGAUGGCAAUGUGUAAAAUAUUUGUGAUUGUCUAGAUUUUUAUGAGUACAAGAAAUCUUUAGGUUGAUUAAGAAAUCAUACAUAAAAUAUUUUACUUUACCCUACUUGUAGUGCAAAUUGUGUGUAUGAUUGAUAUCUUGUCGGUUUUAGGGCAAUGUAUGAAUGAGGUGAAUAGACAAGUUAGUUGUGCAAAUAUUAAGGCCUAUCGCAGAUGACACACAUUUUGUGCUAUUGAGUCUGCAGCACACAAAAAGGUCUGCAUUGCGCGCAAAAUGUUUGUGGCAGAUAUUAAACAGACUCAAAGCAAACGACGCGACGUACACUUUUGGUCAUUAAGUCGGCAGAACUGUAGGGAAGUACAGAUACGGUGUAUUAUUUCGUACUUGACAUAUAAAAAAGACGAAGAAAUAGAGAAUUUUGGGUUCAUCCUAGUCUUUCAGAAUGAUUAUUAAAGGGACUGUUUCAUAAUAAACAUUCAGUUCUAAAACUACAUCCAAAUAAAUUGGCACACUUCAUCCCACAAUUUUCUUUUUAAAUUUCUGUCAUGAUACUCUGCCAAAGAUGUAUGAUACAGUGCUGGUCUGUUUACUAUUUCUUGAAUCAACAUCGAUGUCUAGCGCCAUGAUACACGUCAAUCACUAGCAAGUGCAGACUACAGACUAAAGUGAGCGUCGUCUGCGUUAGCGCGUGUUGACGCGAACGUUAUAUAUUUUUUUGCGCACUUUUUGUAUGGCGCGGUCAGAUCUACGAGGAUAUUGUGCGUGUCAGACUUUUUGUGCGUCGUAUACUCCAUAUAAUUCUUUAUGUUUCAUUAUCACAGACUAAAAAGUGCGUCACGGAUAGUCUGUCGUCUGCGAUAGGCCUAAGAGGAAAUCUGCCGUGAUACCAAUUCUUAAGCAAUAAAUUGAUGUUUUAUGUAAAUUCAUACAAAAGUUAUUAUAUAUUAUUAUCUAUAAAUAACAACUUCAUUUUACAAAUUAUGCCUCCUAAGCCCAUGUAAGUUAUUAAGUGUACCUAUUAUUGUCCUGUUUAGGACACCAUAACUUGUAUUGCCAUAUAUUGCGGAUGGACUUUACAUAAUUAUUGCCGUGUUAAAUAUUUUUUUCGAAUUUUAUAUUGGUAUGUGUCCACUUAAUGAUAUAUUGUCAAGUGUUAAGAUACAAUUUCUUGUGAGGAGGCACAAUUUAUUGUUUUAUUCUUAAAUAUUUCCGUUAUUUUCAAAGGUUGCUUAGAAUUACAUUUAUUUUAAAUAAAUUUAAAUUGCGAUGAUUGAUGAUUGUACUUAUUAAAUAAUUAUUUUAUACAA